CCUCUCGUGAUUUCUCUUGCCCGUGAUCACGAUUAUGCGACAUCACUUUCCCUCUGAGCAGCGAAACAUCCAACGCUGUCUUCACACACUCACAUGGUUUUCCUUAUCGAUUCCAGAAUGAGAAUAUCUUCUCCUUCAUCACUCUCUUGCAUGAUUCCGCAGCUAAAUUAAUCAGCAGAAAGAAAAAAACGGAAAAGAAAGAUACUUUGUGCCUGUUAAUCAUGGGCUUUGUUCAAUUCCUCUUAUAUUUUCUUCUUUCAGCAGCUUCUCUCAAAGCUUGCAUGGGCAAUGAUGAUGUACCUAUCCAGCUCAACGAUGAUGUUUUGGGUCUCAUCGUUUUCAAGUCAGACCUCAUCGACCCAUCUUCCUUUCUCAGCUCAUGGAACGAAGAUGAUAAUUCCCCAUGUUCAUGGAAGUUCAUAGAAUGUAAUCCGCUUACUGGUCGAGUUGCUCAGGUUUCCCUCGAUGGCUUGGGCUUAUCAGGAAAAUUGGGCAAAGGACUUCAAAAGUUGCAGCAUUUGAAGGUAUUAUCACUUUCGCACAACAACUUUAGUGGCGAUAUUAGUCCUGACUUUGCUUUCAUUACCAGCCUUGAAAGGCUUAAUCUCAGUCACAACAGUCUCUCAGGCCUCAUUCCUUCUUCUAUUGUCAAUAUGACUUCCAUUAGAUUUCUCGAUCUCUCUGAAAAUUCUUUCUCCGAACCACUCCCUGAUAAUUUCUUUCACAACUGUUUAUCCCUCCGGUAUCUUUCUCUAGCUGGAAAUUCGCUUGCAGGCCCAUUACCCAGUACUCUAGCAAGCUGCUCUUCUUUGAAUACUCUCAAUCUCUCCAACAAUCAUUUUUCUGGUAACCCAGAUUUUUCUACUGGGAUUUGGUCAUUGAAACGUCUUAGAAAUUUAGAUCUUUCAAACAAUGAGUUCUCAGGCUCCGUUCCACCAGGAGCGUCUACCCUCCACAACUUGAAAGAUUUAAGACUUGCUGGCAACCAGUUCUCAGGAUUAGUACCUGUAGAUAUCGGGCUAUGCCCUCACUUGUCGAAAUUGGAUUUGAGCAAUAAUCUCUUCACUGGCGCAUUGCCGGAGUCUUUCCGCCAGCUGAGCUCUUUGACUUAUUUCAGUUUAUUAAAUAACAUGUUCACCGGCGAUUUCCCUCAGUGGAUUGGGAACUUGACCAAUCUUGAAUACUUGGACUUUUCUAGUAAUGGUUUUACUGGAAGCCUCCCUUCAUCCAUCAGUGAUUUGAAAUCUCUCAACUACAUGAGUUUGUCCAAUAACAAACUCAGUGGCAACGUUCCCACCUCAAUGGUUGACUGUAGCAGGUUAUCGGUGAUUCGGUUGAGAGGCAACAGCUUUAACGGUAGCAUACCAGAGGGCUUGUUUGAUCUUGCGCUAGAGGAAGUAGAUUUUUCAAACAAUAAACUAACUGGUUCAAUCCCUCCUGGGUCAAGUAAAUUCUAUGGAUCUCUUCAUACACUUGACCUUUCAAGAAACAAUCUCUCAGGAAAUAUUACAGCAGAAAUGGGUCUCUCUUCCAAUUUGAGAUACUUGAAUUUAUCAUGGAAUAAUCUUCAAUCAACAAUGGCCCCAGAGCUUGGCUACUUCCAGAACCUAACAGUUCUGGAUCUUCGAAACAGUGCCAUAUUUGGUUCAAUCCCCGCGGAUUUAUGCGAGUCUGGAAAGUUGAGCAUUCUUCAACUCGAUGGAAAUUCAUUGAUAGGCACGAUUCCUGAAGAGAUUGGAAAUUGUUCGUCUCUGUACCUGCUGAGCUUGUCUCACAAUAAGUUAAGUGGUCCCAUUCCCAAGUCCAUUUCAAUGCUAAGCAAGCUCAAGAUCCUGAAAUUGGAAUUCAAUGAACUCAGUGGAGAGAUACCUCAGGAGCUUGGUAAAUUGGAGAAUCUGCUUGCUGUCAACAUAUCAUAUAACAAGCUCGUAGGUAGGCUUCCUUCAGGGGGCAUAUUUCCAAGCCUGGAUCAAAGUUCUUUGCAGGGAAAUUUGGGAAUUUGCUCACCCUUGCUCAAGGGACCCUGUAAGAUGAAUGUCUCGAAGCCUCUAGUUCUUGAUCCUUUUGCCUAUGGUAACCCAAUGGAAGGUCAUCAGCCAAGGAAUGCAUCCUCUGAUUCCACAGGGCCUCGUCACCACAUGCUGCUUAGUGUUUCUGCUAUAAUUGCUAUUUCAGCAGCUGUAUUCAUUGUGUUAGGAGUGAUAGUCAUAAGCCUUGCCAAUAUAUCUGCACGGAAGAGGCUAGCUUUUGUAGACCAUGCCUUGGAAAGCAUGUUCUCUAGCUCUUCAAGGUCUGGAGCUAUGGCCACAGGCAAGCUGGUUCUGUUCGAUUCAAGAUCUUCCCCAGAUUGGAUCAGCAAUCCAGAAUCACUCCUUAAUAAGGCUAAUGAAAUUGGAGAAGGUGUAUAUGGAACAGUUUACAAGGUCUCGUUGGGAGGUGCAGAGGGAAGAAUGGCAGCAAUUAAAAAGCUGGUUACUUCCAAUAUAAUCCAGUACCCAGAAGACUUUGAUAGAGAAGUUCGAAUAUUAGGAAAAGCAAGUCACCCAAAUCUCAUAUCACUUAGAGGAUACUACUGGACACCUCAAUUGCAGUUACUGGUAUCAGAAUUUGCACCCAAUGGUAGCUUACAAGCGAAACUCCAUGGCAGGCUACCUUCCACUCCACCACUUUCUUGGGCUAACAGAUUCAAAAUUGUACUUGGAACAGCCAAGGGUCUUGCUUACUUGCAUCAUUCCUUCCGUCCACCAAUCAUUCACUACAGCAUAAAACCCAGCAAUAUCCUUCUUGAUCAGAAUAACGACCCAAAAAUUUCAGAUUUUGGACUGGCCAGGCUUUUGACAAAGCUUGACAAGCAUGUGAUAAGCAAUAGAUUCCAGAGCGCAUUGGGAUAUGUGGCACCAGAACUAGCAUGCCAGAGCUUGAGGGUGAAUGAGAAAUGUGAUGUAUAUGGUUUUGGAAUUUUAAUCCUUGAGCUUGUGACUGGUAGAAGGCCAGUUGAAUAUAGUGAAGACAACGUGAUGAUACUAAACGAUCAUGUGAGAGUUUUGGUUGAGCAAGGGAAAGCCCUGGAUUGUGUUGAUCCUAGCAUGGGUGAUUAUCCAGAUUGUGAGGUUCUGCCAGUGCUGAAAUUGGCCCUGGUUUGUACCUCUCAAAUUCCAUCAAGCAGGCCUUCAAUGGCAGAAGUGGUGCAAAUAUUGCAGGUCAUCAAGACCCCAGUUCAGCAGAGAAUGGAAAUCUUCUAGUUAAAGAUGCCAAUUAUUUCCUUUUUCAGUUUCCUUUUGAUUGAUGAUAAUUUGGUAACCUGGCUUUCUGUUUGUUCAUUUCUGUGAUAUUAUAAGCAAUUCUCUCCCCCCAUCAAAAUUUGGAUGCUCAUCAUUCAGUUAAUUA